UGGAUGCGUUUACCAUAAGUGUCAGUAUAUGAGUGCAGUAGAGUUUUUGUGUCGGCUGAUUUGACCACAGAGAUGCGAGUGUCGGCUGGCUGACCGCAGUUCGUCCACACAGAUAGUGGCUGCACUCACUCAGCGUUGAGAGGUGAGCCGGUGCCUGUCAGCCUCCUCUGCAGCCGUCACAGUACCCGAGGAGGCAGUUUCAGACAGGGAGUGGAAUAGUUUGGUUGUAAAUGUGUAACACGGGAGAAGAGAGGUGCUGAAAAAAAGGAGGUGGGAGAGGAGUGAAUGGACAAUGCAGUGCGACCGGAGGAGGAUGAGUGUGUCUGCACGGCUCUGUUUGCUGGCGUGUUUCACUCUGACCGGACACUUGACUUUGGCUCUGGGGUCAAGUCAGGACGUGGAGUUGACGUUUCUGUUACCCGCCGGCAGCACCGAGUGUUUCUACCAAACCACCGCGAGUAACGACACCAUGGAAGUUGAAUAUCAGGUGAUAGCCGGGUCCGGUCUGAACGUUGGUUUUGCCCUCAUCUCACCCAGCGGACACCGGCUGGUCUCUGACUUCAGGCAAUCUGAAGGAAUCCACACGACGACUCCCACAGAGAAUGGAGAUUACCAGCUGUGUUUCGACAAUAGCUUCAGUAAAAUGUCGGUGAAGAUUGUGUUCUUUGGGGUGAGCGUCAGCCACAGCGGAGGAAGUGGAGGCCGAGUGGAGUGGGUGGACAUGGCGGCGACUGACAGCCUGGUGGAGUACAAACUGGAGGACAUCAGGGCGACGAUGGACUCCGUGUACCAGCGACUGGAGAGGACCCGGCAGGUCCAGGCCUCGCUGCGGGCCUUCGAGGCGAGGGACCGCUUCCUGCUGGAGGACAACCUGUGGCGGGUGUCCUUCUGGUCCAGCCUCAACCUGCUCGUCAUGCUCACCGUUGCCGCCACUCAAAUCUACACCCUGCAGCGUCUCUUCGACAGCAACAAGCGGACGUGCACCUAGUCGCAGCAGAACUGACUCACUGACCUCCAGCUGACAGCUCACUGCUCUCACACUGGAGAGCUGGACGUUCAAUUGACAUGUGAGCUGCACUUAAAGGGAGAAACUGAUUCAUCAUGCACUGAGGAACCUCUUAAAUUACUGCCAAAGAUGCUGCUUGUGUUUUGAAAGUUUGGUCCACACCUACUGGAGUACGCAAAAAAUCGAAGACUGUUUAGAAAGAUGGACGACACAGCUCCACUUCCUCCCACCACCCAGAAAUGAAUCCAAUAUAACCCGCAAAUGAAAGCUGCCAUCUACUGCGGACGAUGAUCAAGUGUUUCACCCCAUUUUAAUAGCAACAAAUAAACCUUAAAAUGUCAGAAACCCCCUUAUUUCAUGUGCUUUUGGCUUCUCUUUUGCCACUGUCCCAUCCAUCAUGUCACAAAGGUGCUAUCAACAAUACACUAAGAUACUCAAAUAUAUUUGUUGAUAAUGUAAUCGGUGAAGCUUUUAACCCAAACCUUUUGUCACUGAACGUUGUUUUUAUGAAUAUCAGAUAUUACAAUUGAACACAUUACUAGAGCCCAUGUGACAAAGCAAAUAAACUCCAGCUCCUGACCGACAUCUUUUUUCUUUGUACUAAGCCUUAGGCUGUUUAAAAAGACAAAAAUAAAGAAUGUCACUUAGUUAC